AGAUGGGAAGAGCUCCUUGUUGUGCAAAGAUUGGUCUUCAUAGAGGUCCAUGGACUUCUAAUGAAGAUGCAUUGCUCACAAAUUAUAUCCAAAUUCAUGGUGAAGGCAAUUGGCGUGCUAUGCCUAAGAAAGCAAAGUUGUUGAGAUGCGGAAAGAGUUGUAGGUUAAGAUGGAUGAACUAUCUGAGACCGGAUAUCAAGAGAGGGAACAUCACGCCGGAUGAGGAGGAUGUCAUUGUUAGAAUGCAUACUCUUCUUGGCAACCGAUGGUCACUCAUAGCUGGAAGACUUCCAGGUCGAACUGAUAACGAGAUUAAAAAUUACUGGAAUACCCACCUCAGUAAAAGGCUCACCUUGAAGAACAAAGGAAUUGAAAAAAAGAAACCAACUAAGAAGAAGAUUAUAAAGAACGAGAAAAAGAAACCCUCGGAGUCAGAUCCUAUUGAACCGAUCAUGAAAGUGAAACCUCAUGCCCCUAAGCCCAUUCGGGUCACUUCCUUCUUCAAUUGGCCGACUAAUAUCGAUCAUUCUUCUUCUACAUGGCAAAUGUUUUUCUAUCGAGAAUCAGAUCAACCACUAUCACCGUUUCAUGAUGACCGAGACCUCGGAAGGAUCUACGAUGAAUAUCUAAGUUUGCUCGAAUCAACAACAAUUGGUGGGAUCGAAGAUCAAUAGAUACCAAUUGUAAGAUUUCUAGAUGUUUGGAUUUUAGUGUACGGACUUGGAACCAUGCACUAAUUUGUGUUGUCA